AACUUUGAUAAACACUAAUAGAUUAAUUUCUAGUUAGAAGCAUCCACUGUCAACAGAACGGUGAUCUACACUUGGACACCUAGUGUAUCCUUUAAAUCUUGCUUCUCACCUCUUUCUCCAUUUGUUCUUGUGCAAGUACUUUUUAAAAUCCGUCCUCAGAUCUGCCGGUCAUUGUCUGACCCAUUGUGGGUAAGUGAGAUUCCUAGGUUUAGGUUUCCAUAGGAUUAGAGUUAAGGUUAGAGUUUGCCCUCAUUCACUUGAGCUCUUGUGGCAUAAUUUGCAUUCAGUGAUAUGUGAUUAUCUGUUUUAGAAAUGACAAUAACAUGGAUUAACAUGUCAAAUGUAUUGAUUAUUGCUUGUGUGACUACAAGGCUCUACAUUUGUGUGGCUGUUGAACAUCUAUUCUUUGUUAAUAUUAAGAGGAUUUUCAUUCUGUUUUUAUUGAGUGAUAUUAUCCAAGUCAGUCCUGCGUCUAUUUUAUGCUUUAAAACAUUCUUAUUUAGAAUAGCUUUCGAAAUAAUUUAAGACUUGAUAAACGUACUUGAGGUUGAGGUUUGGCACAGUAGGCUAUAACUGCAUAUUGAGGAUAUGAUUUUUUGGAGAGCAUUAGAAAAAAUGCUUUUACUAAUGUAUUGGUAGACAGUCUUUGAAUUCCUAUAGAUUUGUACAUUUUUGAAACAUGAGAUGCAGCCUUUAUUGAAAUUCAUAAACAAACUGUCGAUAUGGUAGGCUAAUAUGAAUAAUUGCAGGUCGUUGACGUAGCGUGUGAAUACAAAAGUGUAUUGCAAUAUGCUAUAUUUGUGUCAACACUUUCCUUUAAUUAAUUUGGCACUCACGGCAAAAUACCAAUUAACUGCUUCUUAUGCCUUUAACAUAAUUAACUCACAUACAUAGGUCUACUCCUGGGACAUAAAAUAAAACAAGGUAGGCCUACCCUUAUAAUUUACAACCACAACACGCUGUUUCUUUAAAUACGCUAUAACCCCGCCCCCUGUCAUACUGGACCAAUCCGCGGCACUGGCACAGAUACGUCUUUGAAUUAUGGUCCAAUAUUAACUCGCCUCUCAAGAACAGCAGGACAUUAGCGGACUACUGCUUUUUUUUUAAUAUGAACUAUCUCAAUAGUCAUCAAGCCUUUUAAGAAACGGGUGAUGCGACGCACCACGUCUGACCACCGAAGACGACCCGGGAUGUACAGACCGAUGCGUGGGACUCUUGGGCAAGGUUCACGUUGAACCCGCGAAUCCACGACGGCUCGUGCGUAUGAGGCCUCAUGGAGUUAGGGACUCAACGACUGUUGUGCACCAGGCAUCUUGGUCCACACCUGGUCCACAGAAGCAAACCUUGACACCGGGUGGGAACCAUCAACACUCUGCCUUGUUCCAUCCCCCUCCCGCCCCAUCCACAUUCUCCCUCCUGCGAAGCUAAGUUGUCCAGGCUGCCCCAACGCAGCCCACCUGUGGACCUGAAAAUGCUGGGGAAGCUGAAGCAGAACAUGCUGGUGGCCUGCCUGGUCAUCAGCUCCAUCACGGUAUUCUACCUAGGCCGCCACGCCAUGGAGUGCCACCACCGCUUCGACGAGCACAGCCAGCCGGGCGGCGUCCUCCCGCUGUCUGCGCUGGGGGGCAGCAUGCGGACCACCCUGAGGACGGGCCAGAACCUGAGCACCCCUUUCAUCUACAAUAAGGACAUGCCGCUGGUGUUCAUCGGCGGGGUUCCCCGCAGCGGCACCACGCUCAUGCGAGCCAUGAUGGACGCCCACCCGGAGGUGCGCUGCGGCGAGGAGACCCGCGUCAUUCCCCGCAUCCUGGCCAUGAAGCAGAUGUGGAGCCGCUCGGGCCGGGAGAAGAUGCGCCUGGACGAGGCGGGCGUCACGGACGAAGUGCUGGACGCCGCCAUGCAGGCCUUCCUCCUGGAGAUCAUCGUCAAACACGGCGAGCCAGCCAACUUCCUCUGCAACAAGGAUCCGUUCGCCCUGAAGUCGCUCUCCUACCUGGCCAAGAUCUUCCCCCAGGCGAAGUUUGUGCUGAUGAUUCGCGACGGACGCGCCUCGGUCCACUCCAUGAUCUCGCGGAAGGUGACCAUCGCGGGGUUUGACCUGGGCAGCUACCGGGACUGCCUGACCAAGUGGAACCGGGCCAUAGAGACCAUGUACACUCAGUGCCUGGACGCAUCUGACAAGUGUCUGCCGGUGCAUUAUGAACAGCUAGUCCUGCAUCCUGAAAAAUGGAUGAGGACACUGCUGAAAUUCCUUGACAUUCCCUGGAAUGACGCUGUGCUCCACCACGAGGAGCUCAUCGGGAAAGUCGGAGGGGUGUCACUCUCCAAGGUGGAGAGGUCCACAGACCAGGUGAUCAAGCCGGUCAACGUGGAGGCCCUGUCCAAGUGGGUGGGAAAGAUGCCCACGGACGUGCUGCGGGACAUGCCGGCCAUUGCCCCCAUGCUAGCCCGACUGGGCUACGACCCCCAUGCCAACCCCCCCAACUAUGGACGACCCGACCAAAAGGUCCUGGACAACACACGAAGGGUCUUUAAAGGAGAAUUUCAGCUCCCAGAUUUUCUAAAAGAACAGUCACAGCUUCAGAAAUCUCCAGAGAAGCCCAGUCCCACCUAGAGAGAUGAGGCGUGUUGCGUCACCACAGAGUCGUCUUGGAGAUCUGCAGCCUGUUACCCCCUGAUACACUCAUCGGAGGGACAUAAGCAAGGACGGACAUGCCAUGAAAACACCGCCUUGUUCACCGCCUUCCAUGGGCCUCUCCCGGCCCCCCUCUCUCCUCUAUCUGUCGCUACCGUAAAGCCGGACGAGGACUGUGCUCAUCUGGGGUCCUGCUGCUGGCCCUCACCAUACUGUCUGCGCAGAACUCUUUGCCUUGGGUGUUGUAGUGUAAAGGAAAUGUUUAUCACAACAGUGACCACAGAAUGUUUUAUUUCAGCCCCACGUCAUGCUCAUCGGAAUUACGUUUAGACAUUAUUAAUGUGCUUUAUAACAAACCUAUGAUUCUGUUAUGAGGAACUGCAGUGAAGUAAACACUGCAGGAUGUAUUUAUGGAGAAAUGUUAGCUUUUUAAAGAGGCAUUAUCUAUUUUAAUGUUUAAUUUUUUCAUGCUUUUGUAUCGUGCAAUUUAAUUGGUACAGUUUAAUUAUUGACUGUGAUAAACGAAUGGUUUCAAAUAAUAACAUUGAGUCCAUUUCUUUCGUAAACCAAGAACUUAUCUUUAAACGAAGUUAUCGUCCCAAGAUGCAAAAUACCAGCAGCUGCAAGAGAUGUUCAGGUUGGGUUGGUGAAAAGUGUAAGUUCAAGAAUAGAGUGAUGGAUGAAACAUGAAGAGACUAUGGGGAAGGAACUGAAUCCAUGUAUACCGUUCACAUAUGUACAAUGUUGGUGCGCAAAGAUGAUUCUAGCACAUAAAAAUUUACUUUAAAUCUGCACAUUCUUUAAUUCAACUACAAAACACUUACUGGUAUGUUAAUGUUAAUCAUGAAUUGGCAUGUUUCAAAUGUAUGUCUUUAAAUUGAGUCUGCUGUUAUUGUCCCUGUUUGCCAAUGCUGUCAUUUGAAGUAAGGAGAAACACAUAAUCGAACAACCCUUUUUAAUAAUACGUUACAUUCAAGGCAAAUAAUACAUCCUUAACAAUACAUACUCAGCAAUGCAAAUGUUGGCUGUCUAAAUAAAUAGCUUUAAAAUCUUUGUCAGUGCACAACAUUGAGAAUUAACACUUAACAGUCAACGUAUAACAAAGAUUUCGGCACACAUUCUGUUGCACAGUAUACAACUCAAACUAGUAGGCAUUCACAAGAGUGCCAUCAAAACAAAAGUAAAAAAUAGAUCUUAAGAUAACUUUUUAUGCUUUCUUCUACUGUCCUCAUAGAAAUAUUGGGCUCUUCGGUCGUAUUUACAGCGAGAAAGACUUUCGGAGGAGUUCAACAUAAACAACAUAAAGUACACAUAUAGAAUCUAAGAUCACCAUAUAUAUAUUUUUCAAAAAUAUUGUACACACAUAGUAAACAGUCAGUCUUCAAGAUGCAGUAUUAAAUUGCACGUUGUCGUCAUGCCACAGAGGGGGCUAUAAUCAAGGCUUUGGUACACAACAUCCUGAUUGGAAGAAAGUCCAGCCCCAUUUCCACCACGUUACAUUCUGUCUCCGGAGGUCCCAGUAGCAGA